UCUCUCCCUCUUUUAUUUUUCUUCUUUUUUUUUCCUUUUUCUUUCUUUUACUCUUCUUCUUACACUUGCGAACUUGGAGGUCAUGAUGCAAUCAGCGCCAGCAACUGAUCUGUCGCACCAGAAUCAAGACCACACACUGCCUCCGCUUCCGCUCAAGCAGGCGCCAGUAGGCAUGGUAGACAACGACGACGACGACUACCACCACCACCACCAGCAAAAGCAGCGAAACAACCUACCACCACCACCACCCAAGCAUUUAGAUCCUUUGCCUUACAAAGUCAUGAGCAAUCAACAACCGCAGCAACCUGCUCAUUCCAUCUAUUCAUCCACCGGAAGCACUGGUUCAUACAACUCGUUGCCUAUCCCAGGAGAAGUAGGAGGUCUUUACCCACAACAGCAACAGCAACAGCAACAGCAGCAACAGAAACGACAACAGCAACAACAACCAGGACAGCCAAGAUCACCCACACCCACAGGAGGUAGUACACGAGCAAGUUCGGUCGUGGACGCUGGAUCGGUCAAUGAUCAACUCUUGGACCAUUCGCACCUGAAACCGGGCAGCAAAGCCUCGCUCUUGUCCUACCAGCAAACGAUCAACAUGUAUCGAGAGAAUGCGAAAAAGACAAACAGCCCGGAUAUCCAAUGUGACUUUGCAAUCUUUAUGGUGGAGGCUGCCAAGCCUUUGACCGACGACGACACAGCACGGUGGGAGUACUUGCAAGAGGCGGAAAAGCUGUUGAAGCAGUUGGCCUCGCGUGGCCAUGCAGAGUCGCAGUAUUACCUGGGCAAUCUGUAUGCUUCCGGCUUGCUCAGUCGCAAGGGCAAGAAUGAGUUUGACAAGGCCUUUCCGUUGUUUGUGCAGGCAACAAAGCAUCACCAUGCCGAUGCAGCGUACAGAGCCGCAAAGUGCUAUGAGGAUGGUCUUGGUACUCGUCGAGACAGUGCCAAAGCGGUCCAGUUUUACAGAAAAGCAGCAACACUGAGCCAUCCAGGCGCCAUGUACCGACUCGGUGUAGCCGAGGUCAACGGUGAACUAGGGAUUUCCAAAAACGCACGGGAUGGCGUGAAAUGGCUGAAACGAGCCGCCGAAGCAGCCACGUCCGAGUAUCCGCAUGCGAUCCAUGAGCUAGCACUGUUGCAUGAAAAGGGAAUUGAUAACGUUGUGUUUGUGGAUUUGGAGUACGCAGUGUCGCUUUAUGCACAAGCAGCGGAGCUUGGCUAUGCGCCAUCGGCAUUUCGUUUGGGCGAGUGUUACGAGUAUGGCAAGCUGAAUUGCGUACAGGACCCGGCAUUGUCGAUUCAUUAUUACACGAUUGCUGCACAACAAGGCCAUCGCGAGGCUUGCUUUGCCCUCACGGCUUGGUACUUGGUCGGCUCGCCCGGUAUCCUGCCACAGUCGGACCAAGAGGCUUAUGUCUGGGCGCGUCGCGCGGCUGAAAAGGAGCUGCCCAAGGCAGAGUAUGCGGUCGGCUAUUUCACUGAAGUUGGCAUUGGUGCUGCCAAGAACCAGGACGAGGCGAUGCAGUGGUACAAAAAGUCAGCAGAGCAUGGUGAUAAACGGGCUAUCCAGCGGUUACAAGGCAAUUCAAGUAGUCAGAAAACGGGCACCAAAAAGAACAAGAACGGCAACAACCAAGAUGACUGCACUAUCAUGUAAAAAAAAAACCACUCAAUACGCAUAUCAAUAUCAUCAUCAACCACCACCCCACCAGCACAACUACUUUGCGCGUCUUUUCUUUUUUAUUUGCAUACAAACACACAUUACACAUAUUGCUCUACUCCUCCCCUAACCCUUUCUUUGGCACACACACACACACACACACACGCAC